AUGACGGAGGCGGAGGUGCGGGGGUUGUGCAUCAAAUCCCGGGAGAUCUUCCUCAGUCAGCCCAUCCUACUGGAGCUGGAGGCUCCGCUCAAAAUCUGCGGUCAGUACAAUUAGUUCUCCCUCCUGCUAUAUCCUUACUCCUGGGUCCUCUCUCUUUCCUCCUGAGAGCACAAAUAGCAUAUGAGAAAUGUAUGAGACAUACCAGGGUUAGAAAAAUAUAAGCUGUCUGAAUAAAGACAUAGGCCUAAUGUUUGUGAAUUUACAUGACCAUGAAAAGGGCAUCCUCACCACACACACAGUUGUCUUUAAACCAAAAGGAGAGGAUAGGAUAACACAUUGGAGAGACAGUGUGGUCCUCUGUAGCUCAGCUGGUAGAGCACGGCGCUUGUAACGCCAAGGUAGUGGGUUCGAUCCCCGGGACCACCCAUACACAAAAAAUUUAUGCACGCAUGACUGUAAGUCGCUUUGGAUAAAAGCGUCUGCUAAAUGGCAUAUUAUUAUUAUUUAUUAUUAUUACAUAGGCCUAGCUCAGUAAGUAGAGCAGUAGGAUAUAAGUGGUGUGUCUCCCCCAAGUGUCUCUGCAGGAUGGGGCCAUCUCCCUUCCAUAAAGGACAAUCUGGCUCAAGCUCUCUCUCCACUCCUGUGUCCAGGGCUCAUAUAAAAAAAAUAGUCAAUCUCAAUGUGACUUUCCUGGUUAAAGAUAACAUAAAAUAAUGGUCGUCUCACAACCUCUGUUCUCUAUCUCCCACUUUCUCUCACUAGGUGAUAUCCAUGGCCAGUACACAGACCUACUGAGGCUCUUUGAGUACGGGGGCUUCCCGCCGGAGGCUAACUACCUGUUCCUUGGGGACUACGUGGACCGAGGCAAGCAGUCGCUGGAGACCAUCUGUCUACUGCUGGCCUACAAGAUCAAAUACCCCGAGAACUUCUUCCUACUCAGAGGCAACCACGAGUGUGCCUCCAUCAACCGCAUCUACGGUUUCUAUGACGAGUGUAAGACAGGAAGCAGUGGCACACACAUAUACAUGAUGAAUCAGUUAUCUUUCUCAGAGUGAGGUUGGAAGAUUCAUAAUGGCAAUGGUUUUUAUGUUCUCUACUGUCAAUAUACACUGAGUAUACCAAACAUUAGGAACACCUUCCUAAUAUUGAGUUGCACCCCCUCAGAACAGCCUCAAUUCAUCGGGGCAUGGACUCUACAAGGUGUCGAAAGUGUUCCACAGGAAUGCUGGCGCAUGUUAACUCCAAUGCGGAUCAUAGCUUUCAACUGGUCAGUAUAUGUCAUGGAAAGAGCAGGUGUUCUUAAUGUUUUAUAUACUUAGUGUAAUUCCAUGUCUUUCUAUGUUGUGUUCCCCAGGCAAACGCAGAUUCAACAUAAAGUUGUGGAAGACCUUCACAGAUUGCUUCAACUGUCUGCCUAUCGCCGCUAUAAUCGAUGAGAAGAUCUUCUGCUGCCAUGGAGGUAUGCGUGGGGGCUUUUUAUCAAAAAAAAUUCUAUAAAUAUUAUUAAUUAACAAUCAUCCUUCUUCCUCAGGUCUCUCUCCUGAUCUACAGUCCAUGGAGCAAAUCCGACGCAUCAUGAGGCCCACUGAUGUCCCUGACACAGGUGUGUUAACGUGUGUGUGUGGUACAUGUGAUGUAUUUGUGGUGGCUCUGACUGCAUUCUCUCUGUGCUAGGCCUGCUGUGUGACCUGCUGUGGUCGGAUCCAGACAAAGACGUGCAGGGCUGGGGGGAAAACGACCGGGGCGUCUCCUUCACCUUCGGGGCCGACGUGGUCAGCAAGUUCCUCAACCGCCACGACCUGGACCUCAUCUGCAGAGCCCACCAGGUAGAGCCUAAUGUAUGAGGGCUAUGUUCAUUAGGAUGCAUCGCUAAAGGAUACUGAGGGCUAUGUUCAUUAGGAUGCGUCUCUAAAGGAUGUUCAUUAACUCAAGUGUUGUUCUGUACUUGAAGGUUGUUGAGGACGGCUACGAGUUCUUUGCCAAACGGCAGCUGGUGACGCUGUUCUCGGCUCCCAACUACUGCGGGGAGUUUGAUAACGCUGGGGGCAUGAUGAGCGUUGACGAGUCCCUCAUGUGUUCCUUUCAGGUGAGAACACACACGUAAACACACUUACUGUGGAUGAGUCUCCCAUUGCUGAAAGCACACUAAGUGUUAAUACUUUCUCUCUUUCUCUCUCAGAUUUUGAAGCCGUCAGAGAAAAAAGCUAAGUACCAGUAUGGGGGGGUGAACUCGGGACGACCCGUAACCCCGCCUCGUACUGCCCAAGCCCCCAAGAAGAGGUGA